UAUGCCUUUGCUGCUUUGCUCUGGUUAGGAACAUUUAUUCCCAUAAGUUUCCAUUAGUGGUGAUGCCAGUUAAAAUCCACGCGAGUUGAAUGGAAUAAAUCUUCCCUUCGGGAUGGAUAUAUUCCGAACCACCCCACCCUUCCCUACCAGGCUGGACUACAACUCCCAGUGGGCUUCUGGCUAACUAGGGAGAAUGGUAGUUGCAGUCUUCAGUGUUUGUUUCAGUGUUUCAACAGAAAAGUUGAUUUGCUGGAAGUGUAUAUGCGUCAGAAAAAGAGAGUAAUAAAAGACUUUUUGUAUUUACUUGCCCUACCCGCAGAUUCUCAGAGGAUUCUUUUGUUUUAGAUCUUGACCUUUUAGAUCCGACAGAAGUAGCUGAGUUUGGACUGGUGAUUACAAUUUGGCUGGAGUCCAUCCUCUAAAUUCAGGAUAUGCUUUGGUCAUGUCCCAAAUGGAAAAUGAACCACUGAGAGAAGAUGUGGGUGAACCUGAUGAAAACGUGCAGAAGGCAGUGGAUGAAGAUGUGACCAAGAAUAAUGGCGAGGAAGUCGAACCUAUGUUGAUGACCCAGAAAAGAUCAGAAGCCAAAACCACUGAGCUCAGUGCAGCACAACAGCCACAGGUCUCAGGUCCCAUUGAGAAGACCCAAACAGGAUGGGGUUAUUGGGGAAACUGGGGGAAAUCAUUGCUUUCAAGUGCUUCUGCUACAAUGGCCACUGUUGGUCAUGGAAUCUCAAAUGUCAUUGAAAAAGCAGAAACAUCCCUAGGGAUCCCAAACCCUACUGACAUAUCGUCUGAUGCCAGAGAUGCAAUAAAAGAAAGUCACAAUUCUGAAGAAGUAAGUGAUGACAAGAAAGAGACUGAAAAUCCCUCACCUCUCAGUGGUGCUUUUGGAAUGAUUUCUACCAUUUCUUCUGCUGUUCAGACCACAGGCAAAACAGUUAUAAGUGGAAGUCUGGAUGCAUUAGAAUACAUUGGUAAAAAGACUAUGGAUGUGAUAGCUGAAGGUGACCCUGGAUUUAAGAAAACAAAAGGCUUGAUGAACAGAAAUUCCACACUAUCUCAGGUCUUGCGAGAGGCCAAGGAAAGAGAACAACAGAAGACAGCUGCUGAGGUUUCCAUGACUACAGAGAAGAAAGCACAUUAUGGAUUGCUUUUUGAUGAGUUUCAGGGGCUUUCUCAUUUGGAAGCCUUAGAGAUGCUUUCCAGAGAGAGUGAAUCAAAGGUGAAAUCUGUUAUAAGUACACUUUCUGGUGAGGAGUUUGCUACUUUAAAGGAAGAUCUGGAAAAGCUGAAAGAAGCGUUUUCAUUAGCUGAAUUUGAUGACGAUGAAGAUGACGAUGAAGAAAAAAGAGACGAAGAUUUCACAAUUGAAGUGGGCAUACUCUUUUCACAGCUGCGCAUCUCUCUAAAACCGGCUAAAUUGCUCCAAGCAAGGAAGUCUGCUCAUGAAUUAGUUAAAAACCUCAACGUGCAAGUGGUCAAAGAAGCAGAACAGCAUGAAGGAGAAGGAGACCAGGAAGUGGGCCCAGGAGAUACUGAGAAUAAAAAGUCAGUGGAGGAUAUUCACAUGGUUGCAAUCAGAAGCCUGGCUGAGUUGACAGCUUAUUCCAUUGAAAUGUUCCACAAAACUGCAGCAUUGGUUCUUCAUGGGCAAAAAGAAGAUGUGUUGGCUAUAAUCCGAGCAAAAACCCUUUCCCAAAUGACGAUUAUGUUAUGCAAAGAAUUGUCAUCUCUCUCGAAAGAAUUUGCCACAUGCUUAACAACUGCAGGGGUGGAAGAGAAGGCUGAUGUGCUCAACCCUUUAAUCACAGGAGUGUUUUUGGAGGCUUCCAACAGUGCCUCUUAUAUCCAAGAUGCCUUCCAACUACUUUUGCCAGUGCUGCAGAUCUCGCAUAUCCAGACUCAGAAAGAGUUAUCUCAGCAAUAAAUCAAGUCUGACUAAACUGGAACAUCACUUCCAAUGGACCUGAAUGGAAGUUCCCUCGUUCCAUAAGAAGAUGAAAGCAUCUUUAAUACAAAUUAAGACAGAUGUGUUGACUUGUGAUUUUCCACUGACCAGGAUAAGAUGCUGAAAGGACAUGAUGUAGUUACCUACCUACGUAGACAAGAUGAUCUAUAGGCAGCAUAGGAAGUUUGUAAUACAAUUUAUCUUUGUCAUUUUGCUGGAUAAUGUCCUAUGUGCUUCUGCUCUUUAGACCCGCUGCAUUAUGCUCCUUGAGAUAAGAGCAUUAUGAAGGAAAGACUCAUAGGGCAAGCAUAAUAAUGUUCAUGGCAUGAGACCUUAGAUUAUUGGAGUCAGUAACUGCUGCAAAUUGCAUUAUACUCACAUUGAAAUGCUAGUUUAAGUAAAAAUGCCUAGCACUCCAAAGAGAUACUGAGAAAAUAAGAUUUGUUUCAGGACAUGUGAAUGAUUUUUCAAUUGUCUAUUCUAAGUUCUGGAGAUCCCAAAGGGGGAAAAAAACUUUUUAAAAAGGUUUAAGGCUAAGGUUGCAUCUCUAAGGGUUAUUUGAAAGGAGAAAAAGGGCCAUUUAUAUAACUUGACUUGCUCCCCAGUAAGCAUGAUUAUGCUUCAGGUGUGAAAAGGUUUUAGACAAAUUAAUAGUCUGACCUUUUAUUGAUGUACACUCUCUACUAGUGCUAGUUUAGAGAGAGAUUUAGGUUGUUUUUUAAAGAAACACUUUUAUGUAAUAGCAUUUGACGUUUAAAUAAACACAUUUUGCUAGACCUCA